AUCGGUAGCUGUUAGCUAUUAGGUAAAUUAUUAGGAAAAUUUUAAUUUGAUGACAGUGUUUAAUAAACACUAUGAAUACGCAUAUCAUUUCUAACACAUUCGCAUUUUAAAAUAAAGAUAAAGAGCGUAAAUGCAUUUCAAACCAAGUAAAUUCUAAUCAAACGACUACCUUACAAGGCGCUGUAAAGUCAUGUCAGGCUUCUUCUGGUACGACUACUUGAUAUUUUUCAUAGUGUUAGCAAUUAGUUCCGGCACCGGAAUUUAUUAUGGCUGUUUUGGAAGCAAGCAAAAAACAAUCAAAGAGUAUCUUUUGGGAGGCAAAAACAUGGCUACUUUACCGAUCGGAAUUUCGGUAGCUGUAAGUCAUUUUUCCGCAAUUACCAUAAUGGGGGCACCGUCCGACAUUUACAAAUAUGGCGCAUUCUACACCUACAGUAUGAUUGGUUUGGUACUGCUGGGAUCAAUGGCCAUUUUUGUCUUUUUUCCCGUUUUUUUCAAACUACAAGUUACCAGCAUUUACGAAUAUUUGGAAAAACGCUUCGAUCAUAAAACCAAAGUUUUGGCGUCAUUUUUGUUUAUUGUGGGGGAGGUGGUUACCGUUUCGGUUGGCAUUUAUGCACCGUCUUUGGCACUUUCAGCAGUUACUGGUAUUCAUGUUUAUUACAUAAUUCUUUGUGUUUUUGGAACUUGUAUUUUCUAUACUACAAUCGGGGGCUUAAAAACCGUCAUUUGGACUGAUAUUUUUCAAGUUGGAGUUAUUUUCUUAUCUCUGUUUAUAAUUUGUGCAAUCGGUUUAAAUACCAUUGGAAAUUUUUCAACGCUGUGGAAAACAGCACUCGACGGUGGAAGGCUCAAUAUUUUGAAUUUUGAUUUAGAUCCAACACUUCGUGACAGUUUUUGGACAUUUGUUAUUGGUUUUACAUUUCAUUUGACGUAUUACGUGAGCCUUUCACAAUCUGCAGUUCAAAAAUACUUAGCAUUGUCAACUUUUCGUGACUGGGUUUGGGCAGUGAUAUAUUAUGUGAUAACAAUGGAAAUAGUGCAAAUAUUUUGCAUUUUAUUGGGUCUAUUAGCCUAUGCACAUUAUGCAAAUUGUGAUCCUUUUAUUAGUGGAAAAAUACAAAGACACGAGCAAUUGUUACCAUAUUAUACCGCAGAAAUUGCUGGACAUAUUCCUGGAGCAACUGGAUUUACUUUAGUCGGAUUGUUCUGUGCUACUAUGAGUACGAUAUCUUCAAGCCUCAAUGCCAUCUCUGGUGUUGUAUACAAAGAUUUCCUUUCACGAUAUUUAAAAAGCAAUAUUACCGAAAAAACGUCUGGCAAAAUUUUGAGAGUAAUUGUUGUUAUUACUGGUAUCGUGAGCAUGCUUCUAAUAUUAGUUUUGCAAAACUUGGGCGAUGUUCUUCCUGUUGCAGUCAGUGGAGCGUCCAUAGGCUCUGGACCAAUAUUAGGUGUAUUUUUUUUAGGUUUUCUGUUCCCAAAAGCUAACGCCAAGGGUGCAUUUUACGGCGCUAUUGUUUCAUUUAUAUUCCAAACUUUCGUAUUCGUUGUCUCAAAAAUGUAUCGGUUCAAAAAAAUCAUCGUGGAUGUUCCUUUACCAUUUUCUGUUAGUGGAUGUUGGACGAGUAAUAAUACACUUCCUAACAGUUACAGUCCACCCAACAAUGUUACAAUAAAUUCAGAGUUCAAACCUUUAUUCAUAUUCAGGUUAUCGCAUUAUUAUAACUGCGUUCUAGGACUUAUAGUUACAGUAAUCGUGGGAUUAAUUAUCAGUUAUUUAACAAACAAAAAUGAUCCCCCAGUUGAUAAAGAAUUAAUAAGUCCUGUAAUUCGUCGUUUUGUGAAAGAAGACAACAAAACUGGAAUUGAGAAUCGAGAGAUAAAAGCUCUAAUGACGAAAGAAUACAAGGACUUUUAAAAUGAUUUUUCGAUUGUUCCUCUGGAUAUUAGAUACAUUACGAUUAUGAACAAUUAAGUAACAGAUACUAGGUAUUUAUUUCAUCCGUAAAAAAUGUAUUACUCCAACAAUUUUUAACAAUAAAUUUUUUAAACACCCAAUGGAAAAAUUAUUUCUACUUAGAUUUUCCACCUCUUUUAAUUAUUUUGUUAGUACCUAAGUACGCAAUGUUACCAUUCUAAAACUUUCCGUUCUUUUAUAAUUUGUCUUUUAACACGACAUUAACUUAGAAAACAUGAAAAGCAACUUUAAA